UCGUUGCAGAACUGCACCAUGGAUGCACUCACUGAAGCAAAUGGCACCUUUGCCAUCAGUCUUUUAAAGAUACUGUGUCAAGAAAACCCUUCACACAAUGUGUUUUAUUCUCCUCUGAGCAUCUCCUCUGCCCUUGCCAUGGUCCUCUUGGGAGCAAAAGGAAACACUGCAGCCCAGAUGGCCCAGGCUCUUUCUUUAAAUAUGAAGAAAGAUAUUCACCAAGGUUUCCAGUCACUUCUUACUGAAGUUAACAAACCUGGCACUCAGUAUUUGCUUAGAACAGCCAACAGGCUCUUUGGAGAAGAGAGUUAUGAAAUCCUUUCAACUUUUAAGGGGUCCUGCUUUCGGUUCUACCACGCUGAGCUGGAACAGCUCUCCUUUGCCAAAGCUGCAGAGAGAUCCAGGAAACAUAUAAACGCUUGGGUCUCAAAAAAGACUGAAGGUAAAAUUCAAGAAUUAUUGCCAGAUAACUCAAUUGAUUCACAAACCAGACUGGUUCUUGCCAAUGCCAUCUACUUCAAAGGAAGGUGGAAUGAAGAGUUUAAUAAAACAUAUACAAGGAAAAUGCCUUUUAAAAUAAACAAGAAGAAGCAAAAACCAGUGCAGAUGAUGUUUCAGGAAGCUAUGUUUAAAAUUACUUACAUAAAAGAAGUGCAGGCCCAGAUCCUGGAGCUGCCCUAUGCAGGGGAAGAUCUGAGCAUGAUUAUUUUGCUUCCCGAUGACAACGUGGAUCUCAGCACGGUGGAAAAGAGACUCACUUUUGAGAAAUUUGUAGCCUGGACGAAGCCAGACUGUAUGAGCAGCACUGAAGUUGAAGUCCUCCUUCCAAGAUUUACGCUGGAAGAAGAUUAUGACAUGGAAUCGGUACUUCGAAGUUUGGGGGUAGUUGAUGCCUUUCAACAGGGCAAGGCUGACUUUUCUGCCAUGUCGACUAAGACAGAUCUGUCCCUUUCCAAGUUUGUGCACAAGUCCUUUUUGGAGGUCAACGAGGAGGGCACAGAGGCCAGUGCUGCCUCAGCCAUGGUGGUUGUGGAGUGCUGCAUGGAGAAUGGGCCCCGGUUCUGUGCAGACCACCCCUUCCUUUUCUUCAUUAGGCACAACACAGCGAACAGCAUCCUGUUCUGUGGCAGGUUUUUGUCUCCAUAG